CAAGCGAGUUGAGCAAUAGCAGUGAGAUUUACAGUGAUUUCAGUUCGUGUUUGUUCGUGAGACUGUGAGAGACAAGAGAAGAUGGCCUCCAACCAGAACCAAGCGAGCUACGCGGCCGGCGAGACAAAGGCCCGCACCGAGGAGAAGACCGGGCAGAUGGUGGGCACCACCAAGGACAAGGCGGGGCAGGCCACGGAGACCACGAAGCAGAAGGCCGGCGAGGCCAAGGACAAGACGGCCCAGACGGCGCAGGCCGCCAAGGACCGCGCCGCCGAGAGCAAGGACCAGACCGGCAGCUACCUCGGCGAGAAGACGGAGGCGGCCAAGCAGAAGGCGUCGGAGACGGCGCAGUACGCGCAGGAGAGGUCCUCCGACGCCGCGCAGUACACCAAGGAUUCCGCCGUCGCCGGCAAGGACAAGACCGGGAGCGUGCUCCAGCAGGCCGGCGAGACGGUGGUGAGCGCCGUGGUCGGCGCCAAGGACGCGGUGGCGAACACCCUGGGCAUGGGCGGUGACAACACCACCAAGGACACCACCACCACCAGGAAUCACUAGACGCAUGCGUUGGCGCUUAAUUUGCUUUGCUUUAGUCGUGUUUGGUCGUUCGCGGGCCUUCUACAUAUCUG